UAAAUGUAAUGUCAAAUUAUAUUAAAAAGAAAAUAACAAUUUAAUAACUUAUUGAAAAGAUAAUUGAAAUAAUAAUGUUAGCUCCACAAGAAGAAUGUUUUACAAAUAUUGUACAAGAUUUUCUUAUCUGUACCACCAUACACAAGGCCCGCCAAUUGGGCAUCUUUCAAAAUGCCAUUUAUGUGCGUAUAACCCUCGAUAAAAUGACAAGACAUACUAGAACUUAUGAAAAUUCAGAAAAUCCUUAUUUUAAUGAGUACUUUGUUUUCGAAAUCAAAUGCACCUUAAUGGAACUGCUGCGUUUGACCAUAUUGUAUGAGGUGAAAAAGCACACAUCCUGCAAGAAAAAUCCCACUUUGGGAGAACUGCUUAUAGAUGUUCAAAGUGUUUGGAAUCAGACAAAUCGUUGUUAUUUUAAGAAAUGGGGCCGCUUAGAAGCUCCCAUGGGUCAGACUGCUUCAUUUGAGGGUGUUGAAAGGGGUGAUGUUGCUGCUGCUAGUGGAGGGAAGGGGUUUUUGCAAAUCGAUUUAGCUAUAGUUACACAAGCUUCUAAUCCAAAUAAUUUACUGAAACCAAGUGAGGAUGAUUUGUUGGUUUUGAAUAAAUGGCAAAUACAUCAAGAUUAUGAUGAUAUAGAAAAAAAUCUUCUUCAAAAUGUAGACACUGCUGUACGCUGCAACAUACGCUAUACGCUGACCUUUUAUCGUGGCAUUAUGGCUAAGAAAUCGGAUUAUGUUAUACAAUUUAGAUUUCAUCCCUUUAAAGGUAAGACAAACGUUGCCAAAAAUACUCAAGAUCCUUGUUGGAAUCAAGAAAUCUGUUUUGUUUGGUGUUAUCCUUCAUUGGCUCAAACUCUGGUCAUAGAGCUGCUGAUGCAUGAACAUUUGCAGUGGAAGUGUGUGGUAGAAUAUGAAUUACAUUUCAAUGAAAUUGCUUUUAAGGGUAAGGCGGUCCAACAUUGACAAACCUCCCUGGGGCCUACUUUUAUACAUUUAUACGAUAAAGAUUGGAUCAAAUACAUAGGACGUCUAUUAAUGGAAAUUAAAUCAGAAUGUUUGGAAACCGAGUCGAAUCAUGUAAUGACCCUGAAAAAAGUAACACCUCUAGAUGAGAAACGUUAUUGGCAAGAGCAACAAUUUCUUAUAGAAUUUCUGCCACUACAAGGAGACUUUAUACACAGCAGUAACAGUAAAGCUAAAAUAGGUCUUAAGUUGGGAGAACACAAUUCCACUUCUCUAGAAUGCUCUCUGAAAAACUAUCCCACACAACAGAAAAAUAGACAAUAUCCUAUUAAAAUCUUUAAGUAUUUUCAUCAGCAGUCCCCCUAUAAAUCUAUUACCUUGACAGCUCAACUGCCAGAUAAUCGUAAAAAAUUCGAAUGUGAUAUUCACUUACAGGAUAUAAUGGAUGUUCUUAAAUCUGAAAUAGAAUUAUUUAAAUUAUUUCAAAUUCAGUAUGAGGGGCAUCAGCAAUCACAAAUGAAAGUCUUAAGAGCCAUACUUCAGAGCAUUAUACAAAAAAUGGAACAGGUUAUAGAGAGUAAAGGAUUGGAUUGUAUUAGUUUUAAGCAGGCCACACAAUGGGAUAUAAAUCGUUUGUUGUAUUUAAAGGAAUAUAUUCAUAAAAUCCUAGAAGAUUUGAAGGCUUUACGUUCCAAACUAAAAUCUUCUUUGGGUAAUUACACCGCUUUGGUUAUUGAAGAAAUUGUUGGGGAUUUAACAAAAAAUUGUCAUGAACUGCAAAAUUUACUCUCGACUUCUUUACAUCAAGAUAAUUGGCCUGAUUUGAUACUUGUUUUGUCUGCGGGUAAUAAAGAAUUAGGAUUUUGUAAGAUAAAUGCCAAGAACUUUUUAUAUUCCAUAAAAACUGCUGAGGAGAGUUGUAACAGUCAGUGUUGGAAACUGAGAAAUUUUAUUGUUAAGGAUACGAAAUGCCAACAUACCUGCUUUAAUUGUGGCUGCACGGUAUCUAUUAUACGUGGUUGUCUUAGUAUAGUAGCCGAAUCGGAAACUAGUCACUACUUGAGUCAAGUAGUGCAAGAUUGGAAACAUCCCGAACCAUUCUAUUGGUCUCCUCAUAUACCCUGUGUUAACUUCAAAUGUAGGCUCUUUAUACAUCAAGCCAAAAUUAAACCAGGUGCAGAUCGUAAUGGUCUCUGUGAUCCCUAUAUACGUAUAAUGAUUUCACAAAAUGCCGCCGAAACUCCCGUAAUUUUUAGCACCCUCUCACCCAUUUGGAAUGCUGUAAUAUCUUUAGAAAACAUACAACUACCGGGAGAUUUUCUUUGGUAUUUGAGUAAUCCCCCCGUGGUAGCAGUAGAAGUCUAUGAUACUGAUCGAAAAACUACCGAUGAUUAUUUGGGUUGUGGCAUUCUAUCGAUGUCGGUGAUAAAAAGUGAUUGGAUUGAUUGGUACGCCCGGGAGAAUGGGAGUUGGGAAAGUGAAGAGGUGAAGAAUAAACAUGCUGUACAAAAGUAUGAAUUGUUAAAGUAUUUAACACCGCCACCCUAAUGGAUACCGAUAGCUUUGGAUGGUUGUGUAAGAGCUGAGGUUUUGAUGUCGGGAGAGAUGGUGGAAUUGCAGGAUGUUAAGAAAAUCAAAGAAGUUGUAGAAGAAAGCAACGAAGUUAAUGUCACGGUGGGCAUUCCGAAUGCUAUUAAGCCGAAUAUGAACAAUUUUGUCUUAGAAGUGGUUUUUGCCGGUUUUCGUAACUAUCGCAAACAUAAUUAUUUGACCAGUAAGCAUCAAGUGAAACUUAUGAUGGGCGAUCUUAUACUGACUAGUGGCUUAUCGACUUCGCCCAUACAAAAUAGUUUAAAUUUCUUGAUUUUAUAUGCUUCCGGAGUUUUGAAUCUUCCCGAGCAACUGGAAUAUUGGCCCGCUAUUAUUGCCACCGAUUUAGCCAUUUCGAGUAAAGGACAAGAAACUACUUUGGGAGCUACUUUAAUAGCCAAUUCCAAGCGUUAUUUGCAAAAGGAAAAUGCCAUACCAUGUAUACACGCAGAAGACGAUUUCGAAAUGGAUUCAGUUUCUACCACCAUACAGCUAGAAGAAGAAAGCGAAAAUGAGCAGGAACAUGAAGCUUCAGACAGCAAACCUUUAAUCCAUAAAGAAUCAAAAAAUUCCUAUUGGCAAAGUAUGUUAAAGAAAUUGAAACAUAACAAUCAAGAAACUAAAGAAAAAGCAGAGGAAUUAAACAAUUUCCAUGAACUUCUCGAUGAAAGUGAAUAUAACUGGUGGACUAAGUUUUACAACUCGGGCUUUAUAGAGCCUUGCACAGCAUUAUCCGAUUUUAAGCAUAAAUUGUGUAUCUAUCAAAAUGAAUUGGAAAAACAACCCGAGUUUAGUUACCUAAAUGACUGGGCCGAACCGCUUAGCAUGGUGCACGGUGUAAGAUAUAAGAAACAUGCUUUACCCAAAGAAGAAAUCUAUGCUACUCUUAAGCUUCAUAUCAAAAUUACCCCUUGUAUAUGUGGUCGCUCCCAAGGAGGUGGUGAGGGAGAUGGUCAAAUGUUAAAACCUUUAGCUACCGCUUUAAAUCCUCGCUAUCAAGCUCAGUUGCAAUCAUUAGCCGAAUUAGUUAAGAUUAUGGUAAGAGUGUAUAUAGUCCAAGGAUUACAAUUUCGUCCAUGUGAAAAUAACUCACAAGCUGACUCGUAUGUUAAAUUGCAAUUGGGUCAAAAAUAUAUAACAAAUCGUGCGGAUUAUAUACCCAAUCAAAGUAAUCCUGUAUUUGGCAAGUGCUUUCAAUUGGAGGGCAUGUUACCCAGAGAACACAUUUUGGAAGUUUCGGUAUUUAAUCGCAGAGAUAUUAAAGAUGAGACCAUUGGCUCCACCUUCAUAGAUUUGGAAGAUAGAUGGCGCUCUAAACAUAGAGCUACUGUGGGAAUUGCAAAUGAAUAUUGUAGCUCUGGUUACAACCGAUGGCACGAUUACAUGUUGCCCUCCGAAAUUUUAAAUGAAUUGUGUAAGAAUAAUGAUCUUAGACCACCUAAGGUAGUGGGGAAUAUGAUAGAAGUGGAUGGUGUGGCAUUUGAAGAUGAAACAGACAUUGCAACGGCUGAAGAUUUACAGGAACGUUUAUCCUUAACUGUCCUAAGAAAUUUUCAACAUUUACCCUCCUUUGGUUAUAAACUUGUGCCACAACAUGUUGAAACACGAUCUUUAUAUCGUAAUGAAUGUCCAGGUAUUGAACAGGGUAAAAUACAACUCUGGAUAGAAUUAUACGAUGGUAAUCUAAAUAUACCGCCACCCAUAGACAUAACACCGCAGCCACCACAAAUCUAUGAACUGCGUGUCAUAAUUCAUAAUGUUACUGAAGUAGUUUUGCAAGAAAAGAAUAUCUUCGGUACUGCUAUGAGUGAUAUUUAUAUCAAGGGUUGGUGCAGCAAUUUUGAUGAAUCUCAAAAUACAGAUAUCCAUUACCGUUCCAUUAAUGGUGAAGGCAAUUUUAAUUGGCGCAUGUUAUUCCCUUUAAAAUAUUCAAAUAAUGAAGACAUGUUGGUAACCAAACAUCGUUCUGGCUUAAUGGAAGAAUAUGAACUAAAACAGCCUGCUAUUCUGUCGCUACAAAUCUGGGAUAAUGAUUUUAUAUCACCCGAUGAUUUUCUUGGUUCUUUAGAAAUCAAUCUAUCCGGUUUUCCAGAACCCUAUGACAGUGCCAAAAAAUGUGAAUUAUUAGAUGUAACACAAUCCAUAACUUCUUAUGGCUCAACUAUCAACAGGGUGGCAAAAAAGAAGUCUCAGCGAAAAUUAUUAAAUCUUUUUAAAGAGAAAAAAGUUUCAGGUUGGUUUCCCAUAAGAGGAAAUCUAAAGGAUUCGAAUAAAAUGGGUCAUAUAGGUUUAGCGGGUAAAAUGUAUCUGGAAUUGGAAAUUGUAACAGAAACAGAGUCUAAAUUAAAUCCCGUUGGUUUGGGUAGAAAUGGUCCACAUGCUUUAGUAGAACCAAAUCGUCCAAAAACUUCUUUCAAUCCCUUAACCAAUCCUUUUAAAGCUGUCAAACACAUUUUGAUGCCCAAAUUGAAAAAAGUUGUUUUUAUUUUAUUAAUUCUAUUUAUUGUGGGUUUUGCAUUAUUGCAACUUGUUGCUAAAUUUCCCGUAAUUAUGUCUGGUUUGGGUUAUUAA